CAAGUCCGGGUAAGCUGGAAUGCAUUGACGUCAGAGGAGGGAGAGCGCUCGAGCGCUAGAGCACAAGCACUGCGGAGCGACGCGCGCACCACUACAUGCCUCGUCCUGGUCGGACAGCGGGCAUCAUUUAUUGAUAAAAACAACAGCGAGCGGACGUUUCAAGACGCCAGGGAGCGAAUUGUUCGCGUAGCCUCCAGAAAAACACGCGAGGGAAGCUGAGAAUAUUUCCAACGGAUGCUCGUUCGCAUAUAGACGCAUGAAACGCUGCGUAGCACUUUAUAUGGUGAUGUCACAGUAGAGCUCCAGUUUCCUUCAGCUCCCUCUGGUAAGAGAGCCCAGUCCUACAACUGUACGUCCACUGCUUGAUCCAAAAUGGCUGCCACCAAAAGCGGUUACGAGGGGAAGAUAGCCGGCCUAUACGACCUAGACCGCACACUGGGCAAAGGCCAUUUCGCCGUGGUCAAACUAGCCCGUCACGUAUUCACAGGCCAACUAGUAGCAGUCAAAGUCAUCGACAAGACAAAGCUUGACGACUUAGCGACCGGCCAUUUGCUUCAAGAAGUCCGUUGCAUGAAACUCGUCCAGCAUCCCAAUGUAGUGCGACUGUAUGAGGUCAUCGAUACGCAGACCAAGCUGUACCUCAUCCUAGAGUUGGGCGAUGGAGGUGACAUGUACGAUUACAUCUUGCGUCACGAAGGCGGGGUUGCCGAAGACACGGCGAAAGUGCACUUUGCGCAGAUUGUACGAGCAAUAGCGUACUGCCAUCGUCUGCACGUUGUCCACAGGGAUCUGAAGCCGGAGAAUGUGGUGUUCUUUAGGCAGCAGGGGACGGUGAAGCUGACCGAUUUCGGCUUCAGUAACCACUUUCAGCCCGGGACCAUGUUGAUGACCAGCUGUGGUUCACUAGCAUACUCUGCUCCAGAAAUACUGCUAGGCGAAGAGUAUGACGCUCCAGCAGUGGAUAUCUGGUCACUGGGUGUGAUCCUAUAUAUGCUAGUGUGUGGACAUCCACCCUUUCAAGAGGCCAAUGACAGCGAAACCCUCAUCAUGAUCAUGGAUUGUCGCUACACUGUGCCAAACCACGUCUCUCCAGAAUGCAAAGAUUUAAUUUCACGUAUGCUGCAGAGGGAUCCUGCUAAACGGGCGUCUCUCACAGAGAUAGAGGGCCACCCUUGGUUGCAGGGUGUUGACCCUUCGCCUGCCGGGUACACAGCCGCCCCCCUUACCUCCCACCGCAGUUUGUUACCCGAGGAGCACGAGUUCAUACUGCAAGCCAUGACCAGUGGCAGCAUUGCUGACCGAGAUGCCAUCCAGGAAGCACUGGAGGCUGACCGAUACAACCACAUCACAGCCACAUACUACUUGCUGGGAGAACGACUCCUUCGAGAAAAACAAGAGCAGUCAAGUCUCUCUCCUGAACAAAGACAUACACAAAGACCCAUGUCAGAACCACUUGACUUGGUGAGCCAAGUGCCCCAGACUGAUAUGCUAAGAGGAACACCCCUAGGUCCCUUAGCGCCUCUCGGUUCUCUGUCUUCCGGCUAUGCCCGACGUGGUGUGAGUGAAUCUGGGGAUCUGCUGGCUCCCAAAGCCAACCGUCACGACAACUCCUUCAGUGACUUUUGCAGCACGGCUCCCUGCUUGAGCCUUGGUCUGCGCCCUCUACCUCCGGACCAACCUACUGUUAAGAGCCUUGGAGCCUUACAGCAGAUCUGCGAGGAAGAAGAGGACGAGGAUGAUGAAAAUGAGCAGAACAGGAAUGAGGAAAAGCUUGAGGUGGCACCAGGUAAACUGGAUCCUCUUCCUUUGACAGAUCUUUCAUUGAAACCUUCGAGAACAUCUUUCCAAUCAGAGACUCAGAGGAGAAUAGGGAGGCCGUCUUGUAAAGGGAUGGGAAACUGUGAAACUCUGGCUGAGGAGGAGGAACUUGAGGAAGGGUCGGAAGAGCAGGCGAAGCUUUCAGAUUCAGUGUCUAGCAUCACCUCUGGCACCAUGGAACAUCAAGUAGCCAAUGUGGAAGAGUUAAACCACACAGAGCAACCAGGUAGAGGAGGGGACAAAAGUGUUUUCACCUGUCCUAGCUUAUCUUUAGAUGAGCAAGAAGGAGAACAAAUUCAAGGUCCAAAUAGAGAUGGACCUCCACCACCUCCUAGACUGGAUGUUGUGCAGUGCUGCUGGGGGCAGCCUGAACCUUCAAAAGAAAUGCUAGAAAACAACAAUAACACCCUAGCCAAAUCUCGACUCCUUGAAGUUGGGGUGGUAUCAACCCCUUGCGGUUCCCCGAGGUCCCUGCCAAGGAACCACUGUGUGGACCUGGGUCCCGAUGGGGUGGAGAUGCGCAAGACUGCAGGGGAAGUCGAGAAACCUGAGGAGGCACAACCUAAACCUCAGAAAGGCCUCCAGGGAACCAGGGACACAAGUACUGACUCUGCUAUCCGGGCCGAUCCCAGCAAGGUCAAGAACGUAAACUUGCGAGAACGUCUGCUGCAGUUUCCGCUCUGUGAGAAAGCCUUGUCCUUCAACAUCCAGCCCACCUCUAAAGAGAAGCUCCUCCCAUUUGCACAGUACAACUGCUGCCAUGUGUUGUAGAGGUUGUAUCCCAAGAUCAAAGAACAAACUGAUAUCAACCGAAAUCCUCCAACCUCUACAACUCCGCAACUCUGUGGAGUUGUUCAGACAAUAAACGAAAAAGUGUGUUCUCACCUCAUACUGUAACCUCAGAGGUGCUUGUAUAUCUUUAUUUUCUUUCCCUACCCAGCAUUCCCUGCUGCUUUCCUGUAAAACAGUUAACCUCUUGGCAAUGCUGUGUAUAUGAACACCUGUAUCUACUGACACUGCUCACUAUAUACUGUGCUAUCUCAGAGACUUUUAUUAGAUAUAGCGUAUGUCUUGCUAGCGUAGGAGCUUUAAUUCAAUAACUUGUCAUUUUGCACUGUACUAGCUUUACCACAAUAAGAUCACUAAGUGAGUGGAUGAAGACCAUACUUCAGAGCAACACGUAAUAAGCCAACACAAGAACAGACGAUGAACAGUCACAACAGUGUAUGUUCAGACUCAAGAACUAGCCGUCCAGUCGGUGUAGUAUUCCUAACGAGUUUUUGGUUUUCAUUUGGUUCAAUCUUGCAGGCAACUGCGAGGUUUUAACUCAGAACUUUUACUCAGAAGUUGCAUGCUGUGGCGUUGUUGAAGUUGUUCCCACACCGCUGUCUCACGCUAGCAUGUUUGCUAGCAUCUUUACCCUCAGGCAGUGGGGUAGGAAGCAGAAUACUUCGCCACAUUGAUACAGUGAACAGUGACAGUUUGGGAGCAUGGUUAUGAGAGCAUGCUAAAUCAGAACAGCUUAGCAUUAGCAUUUUGGGAGCAGGGGACUGACCAGGGAAGGAUGCUAACUAUAUCUGUGUAUAUAUGAGGGCUCAAACAGAGAUUAUUCUGAGAGAUUAUGACGACAUAAUAUUACACAAAACAGAAGACUGGUCUUCCUGGAGCUAUAUUUUGAAGUUUGUUUUAAAACUGCUAACUCUUGGAAAUAUUAUGAAGCUUUUAUCAAGUAUUAGAGAGUUAUCAAGGGUGUUUUGGAAAGAUGAUGACAAAGACAUUUACAUAUGGAGAUAUGCGAGGGAGAUUACAUACCAUUCUAUCUAUUUUGUUUAAUCAUCUGCCUCUGGGUGCAUCUUUAACAUAUGUUUUACGGGGAUAAGCUGUUUGAAAUAUCCAGUCAUGUACAGUGUAUAUAUUCUUUUGGACAUAUUAUGCUAUUGGUAUGAUGUUGUAUUUUGACCCUUGCACCGUAUACAUACCAAACAUUUCAACCCUCCAUUUUAGAUCUUAUUCCUUGAACGUAGCAGUUUGAUGACUGUCAAAAAGGUCAAAUAGUUUCUUGUCACAGUUGUAAAUACAUUUGAAGAGCUGUAUGCUAACGUAAAGCUAAAUAGCGUAGCUGAGCCUAGCUUAAAAUGUACAUUGACAAAAAUCCAGCCUUCGUAUGUUGCAAUGGCAUGAGUGAAGCUAGCGGUUACUGUUGUUUUUACCUCCUGAACAGCCUAAACACAUCACAUAUACAUUUAGAUAGCAAAUGUGACUGUGGUUACUGUUACUUUGGUACUCUGAAGGGCGUCAAAGCUAUUCAGUCACUUCACAUGUUCGUAUAUUUUUGCGCUAUACGUAGUGCACUUGUCACCGGUGAGUUUUUCUUUGUCACAUACUUUAGCCAAUGAAAGUGCAAAUUUCAAACACUUAUUUUUGUUGCGAUAUCUUGGACCACAGAUAAGCUUGACCAAAUGCACAAGUGUAGAUGUAAGAGGUGCUUUGGGGUGACAUAGCAAGAAAUAUAGACUUAUAUAGACAUCUCCAUAACUUCUGAAUUUUUAAUUUUCAUUCCCAUACUACGUUUAAAUCAAGGCUGGGAUGAUUUGUAAGUACAACCUUCUGGACCAAUCAGAGGGCAGAGCGAUAUAAAGGCAGACAUGCACUAUAUUUUCAUAAUCAGCAUUUAUUUUCUUUUUAUUUUGAUGUUUCUCAUUUGACAUGGGUCUCCAUCCUUCAAAGCAUCUGUAAUCGCUUUACAGCGAAAGUCAGAUUUGGGUUUGUCUAUAGUCCCAUUGACCCUUACUAAAACUAUGACUGUGUCUCAAUGAGAUUAAUUUAUUUUUAUAUUUAUUUAUUAAAACUGAUUAAACUGCC